GCAGCUGAUGACACUCCAGCGGCUCGAGAUCCCAUAAGACGGUAUCAAACGGCUCUCUAUGGAGAUGCAGGACUGUUGAGAUUCGAUGCACUGAGCCAGAGGCAACUUCGGGAGUUGAAGAGUGUAUGCAAUUUAUCGCAAAUCGACAUAGACACAGUCCGUGACAUCGUUCAAGGGGGCUUUCGACUGGAGAGAUGUCUCCACGUCGUUUUGAUGCCAUGUCUAUUCGCAUGCGUGCUCUCCACGAUCCUCGAAUGGCUCUGGUCUUUCUGGAAUCCAUCAGAUUCCCUCUCCUACAGCAUCUUGGUGCUAGAAUUCGCAAAACUGUUUGCCUGGAGUUGCAUGUUCACUGUGAAGCAACGUGCCACGCAGCGAGCAGCUCACCAGAUCACGAAGGAUCUCAACCAGCACUUCCAGGGACACGCCCGCAAAUUGCUCUUCCACACCUGCGCACGAACCAGAAAUCUGUGUCGAGUGGAACUUGCUUGGCGUUUCGAGGUGCUGGCUUGCGGUGGUUGUCCAUAA